GCAGGGCCGAGGGAGAUGACGCCGGGUGAAGGCAGCUGAGAGCUCUGCCCAGCCCCGCCGCAGGCCGAGCGGGUGGCCGCGCACUCGAGCUCCGGCAGCAUGGACGUGGCCGUGGACCUGUACCUGGCCGUCCCGUUGCUUUUCACCGUCCUGGCCAUCGUCCUCGCCUCCGUCUUUGUGAAGCUGCGGGGCGCUGAGGGGCAGCGGGCGGCGGAGCAACAGCCGGAGCCGAGCAAAGCGGAGCCGGGCAAGGAAGAGCCGGGCUCGGCCGCCGGGGGCGAAGCGGAGCCGAAGGGAGCGGCUGAGGGGCCGGGGGUAGAGGGGAGCCGGGUGCCGGUGGAGGAGGUCGGGGCGGGCGGCGAGGGGAAGGAGAAGGAGGAGGAGAAGAAGGAAGAGAAGAAGAAAGAGGAGAAGGAGGAGGAGAAGGAGAAGGAGGUGGUGGUGGCUGAGCAGAAAUCCACGGUCGAGCAGAGCCCCGAGAGCAUCCCCCGGCCGCCGCCCGCCACCGAACACCGGGAGCAGCAGCAGGAGGAGGAAGAGGAGGAGGAAGAGAGUAAGGAGGAAGAUCCAGACUCAGACAGUGAGAAGCUGAUGGUGAAAGAGACGGAGGAUGAUGAUGCUGCAGAUGAGACGUUCUCUUUUAAAUACAGCCCUGGAAAGCUGAGGGGAAACCAAUACAAGUCAAUGAUGACCAAAGAAGAACUCGAGGAAGAACAAAGGGUUCAGAGAGAGCAGCUGGCUGCCAUCUUCAGGCUCAUGAAGGAAAAGAGUGACACAUUUGGAGAGAUGUCUGAAGGAGACAUGAAGGAGCAGCUUAAAUUGUAUGAUAUAUAACCAUCCAGCCAGUGAAGAAGACGCAAAAGUCAUCUUGGCUGUUAGUAUGGAGGACUGCGGAGAUUGUAGUGCUAUAAAUGUGUUUCAGUAGUUAUUUUGCAUUUCCAGGUUAUUUUGCAAAUGCAUCCAGGCCUGUGAUAUGUAUUUCUUAAGACUUGCAAUUUUUCACCCUUUUAAUUGUUGUUUUUUUCUUGAAGAACUGUAAUGGCAUUUUCGACUCGCAUAGAGAUUUUCUCUCUUUCUGGCUGAGCCAUAUGUCUCAGUCACAUAAACUAGUUAAACUUGUAACUUCUUCCUGGUUGUGCGCUGUAGGUAUGAACUUUCAAACCUAGUAAUGUAUUGGUUUGAAGGAAGCCAAAGAUGAUAACAGAACAGGUUUAAAAUGGAUGGAAGGAACAGGAUCAUAGAAUAAUUCAGGUUGGAGGGGAUGUAAGGAGGUUUGUAGUUCAACCUCCUGCUUGAAGCAGCAUCAGCUGUGAGAUUAAGCCAGGUUACUCAGGGCUUUAUAUCCUGUUGGGUCUUGAAAACCUCCACAGAUGGAGACUGCACAACCUCUCCUGGCAGAGAGGCUUCCAAUUCUACAGUUAGAAAACAAAUAGCCAAAGCCAAAGCAUUAGUGCUGAGAUUAGAUGUGAGCUGCCAUUCUCAUCUCCUUGAAAGGAAUACUUCAUCCCCCUUCACACUGGCUUUUUGAAACAAAUCCAAGAUGGUUCCGGCUGAUCCCGCUGAGCUCAGCUUCAUGCCUGUGAAAACAGCAGCUAACUGUAUCCUGGGAGCAGACACAUCUCUAAACCUCUUGACACUGGUUAAAAGCAGUGCAGAAAAGUGACUGGCAUUUUGACAACUGUGUUCAACUCAUGUUCAACUCAGAUCCUGUUCUUGUCAUGCAAAAACGAUGCGAGAAUCCAUGUACUUAGGAAAUCAUUGUGAAGCUAUCAAGUGUUUUGAACAGUUUUGACCAAACCUUGUCGGUUUAGACAGAGUAAAUCAGUCAGCAUUCCUAAUUUAAAUUGAAUGUCUUCUUGUGUACCAGGCUAUGACUUAACCUAAAGAUCUGAGCAUCCUCUUGUUUAGCACGUGGUCAGAGGUGUCUCACGAUGUGAAAAACCAAGCAGACCAACACCUUGCUGUGUUGAGGAACCACAGUUUCCUUUGUCAAACUGUAAAACAGAAUGAAGGUAAGAAAUUCCCAUUUGGGAAUUUUGUUCCAUCUGGGCAAUGGGAUUUUUUUUUCCCCAAGGUUAUCAUUGAAAGGAAGCAAAGGAGAAAUCAGAUCUGUAAGACUUUUUAGACUUAGACUAUAGUUUGUUUCUUGAGUAUAUUUUUGUUUCUUUUAUAUCUGGGCCUUCUCUGCACAGGGAUAUAUAUGAAAAUCACCUCCCCAAGCACCUCAUUGUAAAAGUGGCUGCCACCAACCCAUCCCAUCUCCAAAAAGACAAAAACAACCUUUUUUUUCCCUUCACCAAAGCCCUUGAUUCUCUUAAUUGCUGUGUCCAGGCUCCAUAUGUGUGACAAAAGAAUUAAAUCUGUGCUCUGUGAAUUGGUAAUAGGCUGCAUUUAUUCAGCAGCUGUGAGGAGCCAGUGAGGUGGUGUGAUAAGGAGCAGCACCAGGUGGUGAAGAUUCCUAAGGGUGAGGAAAAUGAAGUGCUGGAGUCAUGUGUGAGUACGGCCUUCUGCUGGGACAGGGACAGAGCAAAGAGUCCAUGUGAGUUAUUGUUAUCUUUUGUGUAUUAAACCCAGAUCCCAGGCAGGAGCUUUGGGGGUAGCUGUGUGAUGUUCCUUCUUCUGAAGCAGAAAAUCUCCUGUCGGUAACACUGCCUUAAUUCCCAAAGUAGGUCAGGAAUGCAGGCACGGAGAUAGGGAUGUGCAGUGUGUGAGUCAUGGCGUGAUCAGCUGUUGAGAAUGCUGUGUACUGCUUACAUUCCUUAACUGCUAACUUGUGUCUGUAACAAUAAACAGAGGAUGCGUUA